AUGCUCCUUGUGGUGGCGGGGGCGCGCGACGCGGCGCGCUACGUGCGGCCGGGCCAGCCCACGGCUCUGCUGCCGCCGCCGGCCGGGCUGUGCGCUGGCAGCCCGCCCCCGCAGCUGCUGCUCGCCGUGCCGUCCGCCGUGGCCAACCGCGAGCGCCGCGACGCCGUGCGCGCGACGUGGGGGCGUGCGCUGCGCGACUCCAGCCGACUGCUCUUCGUCACGGGCCACUCCGGCGACGGCCGGCUGCAGGAAGAGCUAAUAGCCGAGGCACUGGUGAACGGCGACAUGCUGGUUGAGGACAUGGUGGACACUUACGACAACCUCACGGUAAAGACGCUGCUCAUGCUCAAGUGGACGGCUGACCACUGCUCUCAAGUGUCUUACGUCGUCAAGGUGGACGACGACGUGGUGCUCAACGUGCGCGCGCUGUCCCGCGUGCUGGCGGGGGCGGCGGAGCGGGGGUGGCCGCUGGUGGGGCGGCUGCUGCGCCGGCCUCCGCCCUUCCGCUCACCGUACCACAAGUGGUACGUGCCGCGCUGGUUGUACCCGGAGGACGCGCUGCCCGAGUACCUGUCGGGGCCCAGCUACGCCGUGGCGGGCUCGGCGCUGCGGCCGCUGCUGCGCGCCGCCCUAAAGACGCCCCUGCUGCCGCUGGAAGACGUCCUGACCACGGGCGUGGCCGCUGACACCGCAGGGCUGACGCGCCACGACGUGCCCGGCCUCGACGCCGUUCCGUCACCGCUCUGGCUGACCAGGCCGUGUCUGGCGCGCGCCUCGCUCUCCACGGGCAGCCUCACCGCCCACGAGAUCCGCGCCAUCUGGGACACCGUCUCCAGGCCGCCGGCCGGCCUCUGCUGGUUGCUCGACCGCCUCGGCAUUACUGACCACGGACGUGAGUGGUGACGUCGGCCUCUGCAGCAUACGGGUCUUCCUCCGGUGAUCGGUGUGCCCAAGUCCUGACCCCCCAGCUGACAGUCGAUACAACUGCCACGUGCUGUGUUGACUCGUUGCUGAACUUCUCAAAUUGAAAUAUCUAAGUGUGUCUACAGCACUUGGGGUUAACCAUCAGUGGUGCUAUGCUGACUGCUGACCAAUAUAAGGAUGGUCGAUGUGGAACGUUGUAGCUGAUGUAGGCCUCUGGAGCUGAGAGGUCUUCUUCUGGCGAUCAGUGAACUCCAGACUUGCGCACCAGAAGAUUGUUGGCAGUCGCUAGAGCAUGUAGUCACUCACUGCUGAACUCCUGAGAUGUCAGUUUCUGAGUGCGUCUAUAGUGUUUAUGUUGCUCUGCUGGCUGCUCGGCUAACUCGGGUCGUCGACUUGGGACUGAAUUCUGGCGUUGAGAUCUGCAUCAGCUGGUCCUCCUCCUGACCAUCGGUGCACUGCAGCUCCGCCAAUGGAAUACAGCCAACAAUGUCCAGAUCAUGCAGUAUGCUCAUUUGUUGCUGAACCCACGAGAUGGUUAUUUCUAAUAGUACAUACAGCGCUCGUUCUGAUCAAUUGAUGGUGCAAGCUGUCUCCAGAUCAUCGAUGUGGACUAUGAAUCGUGACGUCGACCUGACGAGCAACUGGCUCUGGUAUGCUCCACCUUAGUUCUGUUCCCCUAAAGAUUGCUGACAGUGUCCAAAGCAAGCACUGUACUGAUUGGUUGCUGAACUCGUCAUAUGGCAAUUUCUGACGUUAUCUAUAGCACUUGGUGUGGUGACAUGUCGAUGAUCAACGUUCAUCCCCACAGACAUCUCGUGUGACUGACUCGUUUUUCGUGAACUUCGAACACCUCGGAAGGCUACUUGUGACAGUGUUUAAUGCUCUCACUUAGCUGAUAAUUUACUGUGGGUCCUCGAUAACCGCAGAAAAAAAGUAUGCGUCACUUGGUGUGCUGACUCGUUUACAGUGUAUUUAAAGUGUGAAGACAGCUGCUCACAGGAUAUACAAAAGUAACUGUGUUUAAACUCUCCCUGUAUUGGCUGGUAUCUUGUGAUCUCACGGCACUGAGACAUCUUUAAAGUACGACUUAGCUCUUUAUGACUCAGACAAUAUCUGGUGAUUCAGUGUUCGCACAAAUUUUACCCAACCUUGGUGUUCGUACUUAAGAGAGAUUUUCACGUUUUCUUAACACGGACGGAAACAGAGUUGAUGCCUUACUUGUGGAUAGUUCUCUGCAGUGACUCUUUCUAGUAACAUUUUUAAAAAUAUUUAUCGUCUAAUUGUUAAAGGUCAAUUGAUGAACAAAUUUUUUUCAACACAUAAUUUUUCACAAUAUCUGAUCCUGAUUGAUCAAGACAAGAAAAUUGAAGCAGUGUAUUGUUGCAACAUAUUUUUCUAUUUAUUGUUAUUAACCAUGAUGAAUUUCAUUGAUGUUUAUCAUAAAUGUGAAGUGAUAGUGUCGACGUUAUGUUUUUCUGUGCGUUCUA